UGAGCGUUGACUACAGGAGUGGUAUCAGCUUCUCUGCUCUGCAUCCGUUUUAAACACGUAUGAAAUGCCCCGUCCUGUGCCGUCUCUUCACACCGAGCUGCUUUUUCAGGUCCUCCGUUCACACACCAGCACACUCCAGAGCACAUGAUCUACUACGGUCAGUCAUCAUGCGAGCCAGACUUGGACCGCUACCUGGAGUCUCUGAAGUCUUUGUGGCGUCAACGGUCUCAGAGCAGAGAGAUCCCCAUUAUCAUCAACACAAUGGGCUGGGUCAAAGGAUUUGGAUUCCAGCUGUUGGUGGACAUAAUCCGCUUCCUCCCUGUCACACAUGUGGUCCAGCUUGGUCACAGUGGCAUCAUCCAGUGUCCCGCCUUCACUCCAGAGCUCCUGAGGACGACACACGGCUAUCAGACACACCCGCCUGCUCAGACUGCUCUAGAUGAGUUCAUAGAGAGCCACUGCCCCCCGAGAACCUUCUCUCACCUCAUUGUACAGUCAGAGUUUGAGGGUGUAGCUCGUCAAGGGACCGCGAAGCACCAGCGCAGCAAUGAACAACGAGAGUUGUCUUUGCUGGCCUACCUGAGUCAGCUUCAGUCUCCUGACCCGGGACCAGUCCAACCUCUACACAGCCUCACCCCAUACCAGGUUUCUAAUACAGCUGUGGCUUUAGGCGUGAUCCACUGUGACGUGACGCCCUCUCACAUGUUCUACGCUGCCAAUGCCAGUCUGGUGGGACUCUGCUGCCUGGCAGAGAAGGUAACAAGCAAAGGAGGUCCAGUCCUGCUGUCCCAGACACCCAUCUGUCCAUGCGUGGGCUUUGGUAUUCUUCGAGGAAUCGACACGGCACGAGGCCUGUACUUCUUGCUGACUCCCAUGGACCCCUCCACCCUCAGGAAGGUCAACUGCCUCCUUCUGGGGGCCAUUUCAUUGCCUUCAUGCAUCUUCACAGCGCAGCUGGGCUUUGGUGGAGAGAUGCCUUACAUCACCACAAACUACAGCUUUGAUCUCACUGGAGCAGGAAAGCUACGAGUUUUCAAGGGACUGGCGAGGCCCAGUCAGUUGGGAAGGCAGUGAUGUCUGCGACAGAUUACUAGCCUUGACAUUUCGUCACUGUGCUCAGGUCAAACCAGGAUGCGCUGGCACACCAAUGAUUCAGAACUGAAGCCGAGUUCACCGGAUAUUGACUCUGCAGGAGGAGACGGCUGCUGUGUUAUCAGACGUCCAUUUUGACAACCCCAGGUGCUGUUGUAAUGGGUUUGUAGGCUUCCACUGUAUUCUGCACUGGGAAGGAGUUUUGUCUCAUGGACAGUGAUAUCAUGCCAUGGCUUGUGUGCAAAGCUUCUGCUGGACGUCUCUGUUCAUCUCAUUACACCAGUAAAACCCUGCCAGGUAUUAAACAGCAAAACUUUUAUUUGGACUGCUUUGUUGUUGUUGUUUUUGUUCUAGUCACUUGUGUUUUAGGAUCAAGUAAGUAAAAAUGGAGCAGGCUGGAGUUGUGGACAAGUUUUAUAUUUUUCUGUGAAUCAAGUUGGUGAGUUUUCAGUCACUUUUUUUUUUCCAGUACUGUUUACACACCAGUCAAAAGCUGUAAAGGAAAAUUUCAGAUUCAGGACCAACAGUGGAUUCAUGAGAUUCUUGUUUCUGGUUUUCCACGCUGACCUUUGUGAGAGUGAAGAAAAAAAAUCAAAUAAAA